UGGAAGAACGAAGCAUUUACGGCCAGAUCAGAUAUGAGAACUGUAGAGACGAAUAUCACGAAUCUAAAAACUCAAUUAAAUACAGCAAAUGAACGAAAUGAUGCUUUGAAUAAAACAGUUAAUGACUAUGUAUCGAGAAUUAGAGAAUUAAAUUUGCAAGUCAAAAAAUUGGAAGAAGAACUUUCGGAUAUUAGAGCCAAUUACAAUUCAAAAGAAGUUGAAUUAGAAAAUAUCCAAAAUAAAAUUAAACAAUUAGAAAAUCAGAAUCAGGAAAUGAAAAAUGAAAAUGGGAAAUUAAAAAUUGAAAUUGAAGGAAAAAAUACAGAAAUUGAGAGGAUUAAUGGAAUAAAAGAAGAAUUAGAAGAAUUAAAUAAAAAAAUAAAAAAUAAUUUGGAACAAAUUGAGGGAAAUUUAAAUGAAUCGAAAAAACAUUUAAUGAGACAAAAAUCAGAGAAUGUAAGGCUACAAUCUUUAAUUAAAGAAAGAGGAAAACAAUUAGAGGAAUUGGAAAAUUUAAAAAAUGAAUUGGAAAAUAAAAUGGAAAAAUUACGUGAAGAAAAUCAAAAAAAUAUUGAAAAAGUAGGAGAUUUUGUUUUAAUUGUUUCUGAAGAUGAAAAAGUUAAUUUAAUUUCAAAAAAUCAAAUAUUACAAAAAGAAUUGGAAUUUGGAAAAGAACAAAUAAUUAGAAGAAAUGAGGAAUAUGAAAUGACUAUUGAAGCUUUGGCUAAGGGACAUAGAGAGGCUGAAGAAAGGAGACUUGCAGCACUACAGGAAUUGGAAAAAAUAAAAUAUGAUAGUGCGGAUAUGAAGUCACAAAUCGAAAAUAACGAACAAAGAUUGAAACAAUUACAAGAAGAAUAUAUCAAAGCAGAUAAUGAAAGAGAAUUAUUGAAAGAUGCAUUAAAAAGAUUUAGAGCUAGCACAAUAAGAAUAUAUAAAGAAAUUAAAGAAAAUAGUAAUGGAUUUGAAUUUCGUUCAAUUCCUUUACCUAAAUAUAAUAAUGAUUUUGUUGAUGAAAGAGGCGAAAUUAAUUCGGAUAGAUUAAAUGAUAUUCUACAAGAUUUGGCUAAUCGAAUAGAGAACCUUCAAAUUGAUCGGGACCGUUACAGGGAUGAAUUAAAUCGUCUUAAAAAUACAUCUACAGAUACUAAAACAACCUAUACUAAAAAAGAAACACAUUUUCGAACAAUUGAAGAAAGUUUAGAAAAUGCUGAGGAAGAUAAACGUUCAUUAGAAGCUAGAUUAGCUACAGCAAAACAAUUACUUAAAUCUCAAGAAGAAAAUAUGAAAUUAAGAGAAGAAGAAAGAAGACAAAUUAAAAGUAAUUUAAUUACAGCAGAAUUGGAAACGAGGGGAAAAGAAGCACAAAUUAGGCACUUAAAUGAAAAGUUAAAAAUUCUCCAAAAUGAUUUGGAUGCAGCAAAAGAAGAAUUACGAGUAACUAGAGAUAAAAAUGAGUUAAAGGAUUCGAAUAGAUUUCAAUUGGAAAUAACAUUGAGAGAUCAAGAGAAUGAAUUGAGAGAUUUACGCUCAAAAUUAACAAAUUGUCAAACAACAAAUAAUGGUUUAAAAGAAAAAGUAAAUGAAUUAAAUAUUCGAUUAAAAACAAGCGAGGAAAAUUCUAAUGGAUUACAAGAAGAUAUUGAGAGAUUGAGAAAGGAAUUAAAAAGGACAGAAUCAAUUGAAGAUGAACUUAAACGAACUGUAGAAAUACAUUCUCGAGAAAGAAAUGAACUUAAAACGACAAAAGAACAAUUAACUCGUAUACAAAACGAAUUAUACGGAAAUCAAAUUCGUAAACAAGAAACUGAAUCAGAAUUAAUUAAUGCACGUUCUGAAGUUAGAGACUUUCGUCAACGAAUAAAUGAAUUAAAUAAUAAAAUUGGAGAUUUAAAUAGACAAAUACAAGAUGCUCAAACAAAUAAAAAUAGAAAUGAAGAAAAAAUUAGAGAUUUAGAAAAGCAAAAUGUAACACAAAAAUUAAAUGAAAGUGAAUUAAAGAAACAAUAUGAAGUUUUAAAAAAUGAGAAAAAACAAUUAAUAAAAGAAAUUAGCGAAUUAAAAGAGAAAUGUCAACAAAUAAAAUUAGAAAAUGAUGCUUUAGGAAGGGCAGAAGGACAGUGCAAAACGGAAAAAGCAUUUUUAUUAAAGAAAAUUCAAAUGGCAAGAUUUAAUGAAGCAAUACGUGAAACAGCUUUACAAAGAGAAGCAAUUGAAAAAUCUUUAAAUGCAAUGGAAAGAGAAAAUAGAGAACUUUACAAGAAUUGUGCCCAAUUACAGCAACAAGUAGCACAACUUGAAAUGGAAAAUGGUAAUCGUUUAAUGGAAAUUUCAAAAAUACAAAAAGAGGAACAAGAAAAACAAAUUCAAAGAAUGAGAAAUGAAAAGGCUCAAUUCGAGAAAAUUCUUGAGAGCAGAGAAAGACUGUGUAAAGAGAAAAUACGUCAAUUAGAAAAUCAAAUACAAAUUUUACGUGAAAGUUUGGAAAGUGAGAGGAGGAAAGGCAGAAAUUUACGAACUGUGGACAUUAGAAGGGUUCAGAGUGGAGUUAGCGAUUUUUGGCCGAGUAGAAGUGACAAUAUUGACAGUUUUAGAUUUAGGAGAACAUUUGCAUCAAAUCCUUUAACACCGCCUAGAGGCACUUCAACACCUAUUCGCGAAGUGUUUGUUGUUCCCCCUGAUCGAGAAGACAUAAGCCGAAGUGAAACAGAAGAACAAAGUGUGAGCACUACUCCGAGACUUGAUCGAGCACAUGGAAGAGAACUAGCAGAGGAGGGACCUUCUUCAAUGGAACAAUUAAAGUACAGUAGAAGUGGACUUUGA